CAGCUAACUGUCGGAUUAUCGUGGCUGUGAGUACCGGGCUCCAGCAGAUGAGCGGGUCGGUGUCGGGGUCCUCCACCAGGGUCCACAGUUUGGUGAGGAAGGCUGGGACGUUCCCACUGGGCAGCACCGCCCCUCCUCCGGCAAACUCCAUGGAGAAAAACAAUCCAACGCACCCUGCACUGUUAAACGCUGCUGUUACUCUGAGCUAUCGGUGCUAACUGUUAGCAUCGUGUGAGAAACAGCAGAACUCCAGAACAAACAGCUGUGAUCCAGAUCACCGGAGGCUCGGUGUGCGGGGGUGUGCGGGGAUCUGCGGGGAUAGAAAAAAUGAGUUUUAACGGAAACUCAGCGAUAAAAAAAUUACAACCGAUCCCAUCAGACUAACAACUGCGUAACGAAGAGCCCGUCGCUGCCCGAUGACGCAGGGGAAAAACGUAAAGUGUACGUAUUUGACGUAGAUAAUAUAGGGUCACACGUGGGGGAAUGGAGGGUAGAAGCAGGAACAUGCAGAGCAUCGAAGAGAAAGAAGGGAUGAAGAAAGUCCGAGAGAAGACGAAGAAGAGAAGUAAAGAAGAAGAAGAAGAAAAAGAAGAAGAGGAUGAGAUCUUCAAUCUCAAAAACAAACCUGCUGAGGAGGAGGAGGACGAAGAUCUGUCCGACAGCGAGGACAGUGUUUACUCAGGACUGGAGGACUCUGGGAGUGACAGCGAUGAUGAUGAAGAGGAGGGACCUGAUGAUGAAGAUGAGGUGACGCUGCAGUCAGAGCAGACUCAGCAGACACAGGAGGGGAAGAAGAAGGAGGAGGGAGGAGUGACAGAGGGAGAGGAAGAAAAGAAAGAAGAUGAGUACGAACACGACUCCUCGGACGAGGAGGACAUCAGGAACACUGUUGGGAACAUUCCCAUGGAGUGGUACAAAGACUUCCCUCAUAUCGGCUACGAUCUGGAUGGGAAGAAGAUCCUCAAACCAAUCAGGAACAAGGACGAACUCGACGAAUUCCUGGACAAAAUGGAGAACCCGGACUACUGGAGAACAGUCCACGACAAAAAGACAGGAAGUGACAUCGUCCUAUCAGAUGAGCAGGUGGCGCUGGUUAACCGUCUGCAGAAAGGACAGUUCGGAGACGUCAACUUCAAUGAGUACCAGCCCACAGUGGAGUUCUUCAGUAACGACGUGAUGCUUCAUCCCGUCACUAACAGACCUGCAGACAAACGCAGUUUCAUCCCGUCACUGAUCGAGAAGGAGAAG